GAAACGCACGCGCGAUAUAACAAUCGGAGUCCGCAAAAACCAAAGUGGAAGGAGUCGGCGCCGCGAACAUAUGGCAUGGAUAUGGACAUGGACAUGGAGGCCAUAAAAAUGCUAUCGCCGAACCGAACCGAAGCAGAUCAAGCCAACCAGUCCCAGUUCAACUGCAUAUCCAAGUGCAGUUGCAAGAUCAAACAGAAGAGGAGCACCAGCAACAGCAGCUUCGAAAGAAAAAAGAAAGUUAUUGGAGCCGGUUGUUGUCGUUCUUCUGGCAACCUGGCGCAGCUGCCUUUCUUCGUCACCGCACUUUGCAUGCUGAUCUUCGAGCUCAGCCUGGUUCCUCCAAUCCGCUCCAUGUCGUCGCCAAACGAGACGGCCUGGCCACCCAUGCGCCAUUACGAUAUUUGGGGCGAUGACACUGCCCAGCCGGACAACAGGCAGGAGGAUAUGCUGGCGGAAGAGGUGGACUUGCAGAGGCAACUGGAACUAAAUAUGGAUGAAAAUAUGGAGAUGGAUGAGGGAAGUUUUCCCAAGGAAACAAUUUCUCAGAAUGAAACCAACAGCCGACAGGGAAAGGUGAUCCACCUGUUUCCUGUGCCCGUGGAUGGGGAUUGCUUGUCCAAUGAUGGUCGCCGCAUGGGAAACUGCUUGAAUGCCUACGAGUGCCGUCAGAAGGAUGGCCAGGCCAGAGGAGAAUGUGCCAUGGGAUUCGGAGUGUGCUGCGUUUUUGUGGCCAACUGCAACACCACCAUUUCCAACAACAUUACCUACAUUGUGUCGCCGGGCUUCCCCAGCUUCAUGCCCAGCAACUUUAGCGGCUGCAACUUGCGGGUAAAGAUGAUGACUGAUGACAUCAGUCAGGUGCGGAUUGAUUUUCAUCAUUUCACCUUGGGACAACCGAAUCGAAGGACAGGAGUCUGUGAUGGAGAUGCCUUUCAAAUCGGCGGUGGACCCGGGGGAAACAUAUCACUUUGUGGUCAAAACAGUGGGCAACAUUUGUAUUACGACGUCGGAGCACGAGCAACUCCCAGGCAGUCCACAUUAUAUGGAAGUUUGCGUCCCCUGAAUGGUAGCAGUAAUAGCAGCAACAGUAAUUCUACGGGAGAUCGUUUCAUUAACAUUGAUCUAAAUCUUGCCAAUCGAUUCCUGCCACUUCGCAUUUGGGAGAUCAGCGUGGUCCAGAUCCCGUUCAGCCAACGAGCUCCGGCUGGAUGCCUGCAAUAUCACACAGGAACCGAGGGCCUCCUGCAGACUUUUAACUUUGCCGAAAACGGACGUCACUUGGCUAACCAAAACUAUAGGAUUUGCAUGCGACAGGAACUGGAUAUGUGCUCCAUUGUGUAUCAGCCCUGCGAUCAGCAAUCCUUUCGAAUUGGUGGUGGCGGACGGAUGGCAACUCGGGGUGGUGAUAGCGAUCAGGGCGCAGGAAGCCCACCAGCCCAAUCCGAUAUGGCAGGAGUAGCAGCAACAGCAGGUAAUGUUGCCACGACUACGCCUGUCCCUACCUCCAGCACCCUCAUGCAAAUGCUGGCCAACAUGGCCAACUCCACUACCACGACUUUAAUGUCCAUGAUGUCUGGUAACUCCACCACAGCUUCCAAUUCCAAUUCGUCAGCAGCCACCAGUAGCACCGCAGCAAUGAGUGCAGCUACAGCAACUGCUACAACUACCACAACGACAACCCCCACUCCCUUGCGGUCCAGCACCGUGGCAUCCACGUCCACCUCUUCAGAAGCGCCAGCAUCAUCUCCAGCCAGCGACGAUGUAGAAGGCUCGGGAGGUGAGGUUGGGGAAGGGAGUGAUGACGAUGACGAUGGUGGGUUCCUGUUCUUCCGGAGCCCGCCCACCACAGAGGAACCAGGCUUUUCACGACGGCCCCGCCCGGUUGGUGGAGGAUCCAGUGGCGGCUUCGACAUACUCGGCUUUCUCCGCAACGCUUUCGAUCUGCAACUAAGGAGGCGCCGCCAAGCACGACAGUUCUUUAGCACCUGCACGGACAGAAUAACGAUGCCCUGCAUCAUUGAGGAUUUUAUUGGGACCGGCCUGGGACCACUGCCAGGCUGCGAGCCCAUUCAUUGCGGCUCCCAGUUCUGCUCUUCAGGAACUUGGCCAUGUCGCAUUGAGAGCACUGUCACGCCAUUUUAUAUUGGCGUCCAUUUCGGUAAUGGAAUGGGAGCUGGGAAGGCCAAUGCAGAGGAUAAUGUGGGAGCCUGCCUGCGUUAUUCUCAGGUACAGUGUAUGUAAAUUUUAUG